CGGCCGCCGGCCGCCGGCGAGAGUCCAUCCGACGGCCUGCUUUGCUCCUCCGCCGUUCCCAGACUCCGCGUCGCUGGGGACUGUCGCUGGGCGCCAUCAAAAUCGUCGGAUUGCACUGUGAGUGUUCUGCAUUUGCAAGUGUUGUGCAAUGGGAGAAAUUGACAAGGGGAUGCCUCAAGUUGGUAUGAAAUUUAGAAAUCCGGAUGAAGCUUGGGCGUUUUGGGUUGCAUAUGGAGGUCGUGCAGGAUUUGAUGUGAGGAAGAGAAACAAACAUACAAGCAAGAUGGAUGGUCAAGUGACCUCAUGCACAUUUGUUUGCGCCAAUGAAGGCAUACGGAAAAAAGGGAUAACAAUGGACCAUGUGCCAAAGCGUAUCAGAGCUGAAACAAGAACAAAUUGCAAAGCUCGGAUGACUAUAUCAUUGGAUCGAGUGCCAAAAAAUUACGAAGUCACAGAUUUUGUGCUUGAACACAAUCAUUACCUUCAAUUGCCGCAAACCUGCCACUUGAUGGCAUCGCAAAGGAAGAUUUCUGAAGUACAAGCUUUUGAAAUAGAAGCCGCCGAGGAUUCUGGAAUCAUGCCCAAAGCUGCACAUGAGUUAGCUUGUCGUCGAGUUGGUGGACCAUUUAACCUCGGCUACACUUGUCGUGACCAAAAGAAUCAUUUGCGAGGCAAACGGCAGCGAGAGUUGGCUUUUGGACAGGCAGGUAGUAUGUUGAAGUAUUUCCAUGACAAGAUCCAGGAGAACCCAUCUUUCCAAUAUGACUUGCAGUAUGAUUGUGAGGAGCAUAUAUCCAACAUAUUCUGGGCUGAUGCUAAAAUGGUUCUAGACUAUGCACACUUUGGUGAUGUUGUUACAUUUGAUACAACUUUUGGCACAAACAAAGAAUAUAGGCCCUUUGGUGUUUUUCUUGGGCUUAAUCAGUUUAGAGAAACCACCAUUUUUGGUGCUGCACUUCUAUUUGAUGAAACUUGUGACUCAUUUGUAUGGCUGUUUGAGACAUUUCUAGCUACACAUAAUGGGAGGCAGCCUAGAACUAUUUAUACAGAUCAAGAUGCCGCAAUGGGGAAAGCUAUAGGGAAAGUCUUCACGGAAUCAUAUCAUGGUUUGUGCACCUUCCAUAUAAUGCAAAAUGCUGUCAAACAUUUAUCUUCACGGAAAGAGAAAGAUGAAGGGAAAGAGGAAGAGGAAGAAGAGGAGGAAGAGUCUCAUAUUCUCACAGAUUUUAGUGAAUGCAUGUAUGGCUAUGAGGACAAAGCAGAAUUUCAAGAAGCAUUUGAUAAUAUGAGACAUAAAGUGCACAAGCAAACUUGGUUAGAUAGCAUCUACAAGUUGAAAGAAAAGUGGGCCGAAUGUUAUAUGAGAGAAGUGUUCAGUUUGGGAGUCCGAAGUACACAACUUAGUGAGAGCUUCAACAAUUCAUUGAAAAACCAUUUGAAAUCAGAUUUUCAUAUUGUUCGGUUCUUGAUGCAUUUUGAGAGGACAGUGGAGGUAAAAAGAACACAAGAAUUGCAAUCUGAAUUUGAGGCAAGGAAGAAUGUACCAAGAAUCAAGAUGCACACACCUAUGUUGGUGCAAGCAAGCAAAGAGUACACUCCAAUUAUUUUUGAAGCUUUCCAAGGUGAAUAUGAAAGAUCCAUGGCUGCGUGUACUAGAGUUUUGGAUGAAGAUAACAAGUUUGCGGUUUCUAUUGCAAGUUUCCAUGGUGAUUUAAAAUUUGAGGAGGAGCGCAUAGUGAUUGGUGAUCCUUUGACUAAAACUGCUUCAUGUAGUUGUGCAAUGUUCAAUAGGACGGGAAUAUUGUGUGGACAUGGUAUCAAAGUUCUUGAUUUGAUGAAUAUAAAGACAUUGCCAACACACUAUAUCUUAAAGAGAUGGACUAGAGAAGCGCGCAAUGGAAGCAUACAAGAUAGAAAUGGAAGAAAUGUGGUAGAAAAUCCAAAGUUGGAAGCUCAACUCCGGUACAAGAAUAUAUCUCACAAAUUUCAUAGUUUGGCACAGAAAGUAGCCAACUCCGUGGAGUGUUGUUUGAUGUUAGAAAAUGCACUUGAUUGUGUUGGUCCCCAAAUAGAAGAUAAACUCAAUGCAACUACCAAUGCUAUGGAUAGGCCAUGCAAUGAUCAAGAAAAUAAUGAUCCAAAUGUGCAACAAACAAAUGAGUUUCUUAGUGCCGCAAAGCUAAAGAAAAAAGAAGUUCCGUCAAAGAAUUUGAGGAGAAAGAAAACUUGGCUUGACAAGUUACUCAAGGGGAAGCGCAAGCCAACUAGAGUUUCCGCAUCCAAAAACAAAGGAGCAAAGCAAGAUGGUGUAGAGCCUCAAGUGGGAGUGGAGAAGAAAGAUGGCAGCGGUAAAGGAGCAAAUUUGGAGCUUCAUCAGUGUAACCCGAUUAUGAGUUUCACGGAACUCUUGACAGCUCCCUCCUAUGGUGUUUAUGGUGAAGAUAUGUUCUAGCUUGUCCAAAUUUGCUAGAUAGCGUAUUGGACAUGGUUGACCUUCGUAUAGUAUUUUGGACAGGGUGACUAUAGUAUUUUGGAUUUUGGGACUAACUAUAGUCUUUUGUGGCCUAAAUGUACAAGUAGAUUGGCCAAGUUUAUGCACUUCAAGGAGUAUGUAAGAGCAGAUUGUUGUGGGAUUUCGAAGUGAAAUUCCACAAAGUUUGUCUAUUGUUCAAUUUAUAUAAUGUAUGCAU